GCUAACUUUUUUUGGUAAAAUAAAUUGCUAACUUCUCUUGUGGUUCCAGCUUCCUCUCUCACUUCUCAAGACUGCUCAAGGGCAUCCCAUGCUUGUGGAGCUGAAGAAUGGGGAGACGUAUAAUGGGCACUUGGUGAAUUGUGAUACUUGGAUGAAUAUUCAUCUCCGUGAAGUCAUCUGUACUUCAAAGGAUGGAGAUAGGUUUUGGCGAAUGCCUGAAUGCUAUAUCCGUGGCAACACUAUCAAGUACCUCCGUGUUCCAGAUGAGGUGAUUGAUAAAGUACAGGAAGAGAAGACCCGCACUGGUAUAGUUUUCUUAUAUCUUUAUAAUUAAAUAGACAUCCCAUGUGCCUUUUGUUAGUUGACGUCUUGAAAUGUUAACUCUUAAACCAGAAUGACUGAUUUUAGACUUGCCAAAGACACUUAUGAGCCUUUAAUUGCACUGAUAAAUGAUAUCCUUUUGUAUAAGUAUCCACAGCCUUUUCUUCUGAUCAGUCCAUGGGAUUAUUUUGAAGAGCACCCUCUUAUCGAGUCAUGUUAAAAUCUUGGUCGUUUGUCUUUAUAAAUUAUAUGAGGUUCAGGGACUAUACAUAAACAAGGGGAAUAUGGAUUUUGUAUGUUUUUGGAAAGUCUGUUUCUGAAGCAAGUUGUUCCGGAUAAGUCUCAGCAAUUCUUGAAUAUUUUACAAAUAGAAAACCACCAGGGGUUGGGCGAGGAAGAGGAAGGGAAGGUCCAAAGGUUAUGGGACGGACGUGCUAUGGACGUUGGAGCUGCCAGAGGCCGAGGCCGGGGUGGUUCAAUUGGAAAGACCCCAAAUCCUAACAUUCUUUAUCCUUUUCAUUGAUAUACACUCAAUAAAGGCUGUGCCGAUAUAAUGUAUUUACUAUUGUCUUGGUUAACUCUAAACUAAACUUGUAUCUUGUUGAAAAAAAAAAACAGUUGGAGGUCGAGGCCGUGGUUGAUAUAAUUUUUUAGAUGUCUCUACCGGA